AUGAAGCGCACACAUGAGACCGAUCAAGAACUCGAGGAGCGACUUGCUAAACGGCGUGAACUAGUUUCGCGGAUGGUUGCUCGUCAAAAACAAUCAGAAGCUGAGCGCACAAAGAAUGGCGGAAUCGGCAAUUGGUUUUAUGAUCUUCCUCCUCUUCAAUUCAUCGCCGCCGGUGCCGUUGCUGUAUCUGCUGCACUCAUUUACUAUUAUUAUCAGAAUCGU